AUGUGGGUAACUUGUAGACAAAUAAAAGCAUUAAAAUGGAUUAUUAUUCUAUUUAUAAUAAUACAAAUAAUUAUUUUACUGAAUAUAUCUUAUGAUCGACAAUUAGUAUAUGGAAUACUAAAUAGAAAGUUAACGGACGGACUUCUGCAAAAUAUCACAUCAAAAGCAACAACAACAACCAAAAAGACUCGCCUUCAUACGGUCAUGAAAAAUUAUAAACUUUCUACAAAACUUACAGAAGACAAAGAUUUGAUCAUGGAUCUAUUCGAGGAAAUUGAAAUAUCCGUACUAUGCGAUCACUUUGAGAACAAAUUCAGUGCGAGAAAAAAGAAUUUAAUCAAUAUCACUGUUUCAGACAAUACAUUAUAUGCUCGUGUUCGAUUACGCAUUGAACAAGGUGAUUGUUCAAAUCAAACUAUUUUCACUAAAUGGGUAAAUUACAGUGUGGGUCUUGGAGUGAAUAAACUGCGUUAUACAAUUGAUUCAUUUGUUUACAAACAAUUAUAUCUAGAUGGAAUGUAUGGAGGAGUUGAACAAUCAAACUAUAAUAUUAUUAACUCUAUGAAAUCUGUCCAUUUCAAUAUUAUACGUUCAUUACCAAAUCUCUCAAUUGAUAAACACAUGCUAAAAGUAUGCAUAAUGGAACAAAACUGUCUACAUUGGAUCGAUAGGUCAAGGCCAUGUGGAUUACAGGAUGUUAAAAAUAUUUUUAGACCAAAAGACCAUGCAUCAAUUAGUGGAUGGAAUAAAUCAGGUGGUUGGUUAUUAUUUCAGUCGUUUAUUGACAAAAUGAAUGAUGAAAAGUGUUCACUUCACCAAAUUGUGAAUAGUAAAGCUCAGAGAUUACAGAUUACACAUUCUGUAUGGUUUAUCCCUUGUAAAAGUUGUAAUAAUAAAAUGAAUUGUGAUUGGUCUAAUGCACUAUGGUAUGAACCGAAUAAUCCAAUCUAUUCUUGUUUAUACAAUAAGAAAAGGAUUCAGAAUGAUCGAAAUACGUUAACAACCUACUCAAAAAACCGUGUGCUUCUUUUUCUAGGUGAUUCAACUUUACGCGGCUUAAUGUAUUCUUUAUUGAUUCGUUUAAACAAAACACUAUUCAAUGUUCAAGAAACACAUGGUCAAAUAACACUGGUUGACAGUGCAACAAUAACUACAAGAUUUACGUAUUUUCCAGAUUAUUCUAAAAAACCACAAUUCGAUAAUAAAGUUAAUAAUAAUUCAUUCACUGGUUUAUUAAAAUCGCUUUUUAAGUUUAAACAAACAUUCAAUGAAGCUUUAUUAUUUGUGGGUGGUGUACGAUGGUUAAAUGAUUAUCAUUUAAAAACAAUACAACUAUUUAUCAAUAAACAAAAGGUAUUCAGUACUGUCAAAGUAUAUGUCAAAGAUCAUUCCGCCGGUUUUCACACACCUGUUGAUGGGUUGCCAUUUAUGGAUUGGUCAAUGCGAAUGCAUGAAUAUGAAAAAAAUCAAGAACUGAUUAGCGGGAUCAAAAAAUACAAUUGGUCAGCCAUUCCAACGCAUCAAAUCACUUGGACAAGACUUGAUCAUUUUCAUGCCUACGCAAGAUGUUCAUGUCAUUUUUAUCAUGUUGUAAAACAAAUAGCAAAUUCAAACGUUACACUAAACAAGUAUCAAUAUAAUGCCAGUGAUAACAAUAGAAAUAAUAAUCUAUUCAUCUAUCAUAUUAUUGGACAAAUACAAUGGAUUAUGUCAAGAAUUGUUGAAACAACAAUUAUACAUACUAUUUACUAGUAUCAUUGAAUUAUUUUUACAAUAUUUACUUA